AACUGUUCUUCAUCCCAUUUACAGGCAGGUAGCGUACAGAUCUGCGUAACUGAACCACACCGCGCCGAAGUAGGUGCUCAUAAUUUAUUUAUUUACAGGCAGCAAUUAGAAGAAUUCGCUACUGUCCAUUCACCUUUUCUUGUCUCCGGAUCAACACCAGUGGAUUUCUGUGUGUAAACGCUGCGAGACUCGUGUUUUUGUUGUUGUAAAGUGUGUGAGUGUGAUGGCUUCAUCCUGCGCACUUGAGCGGUGAUAUGGGAGGUGGGGAGGGCCCUCGGGGCGAGCACACCCCUUACCGCCUGUGUCGGAGUAUUUCAGAACAGAGGCCAGCAUUUAGUCAUUUCAGGAAAGCUGCACACACACACACUUUUCUGCUCAAGUCCACUCCAACUUGUGGACUCUAGGAGGAUAUUUUUCGGUUUCCUGUGGAUCCUGAGGAAAACGACUUGAUUUACUUUUUUUUUUCCUCCCUCCUCGCGCUUGUAGAAACUGUGCGUCGUGACCACAGGAUACUUUUACGCACAUUCACAAGGACAAUGCCUCGAUCUUUCUUGGUCAAAAAGUACUUCGCUAAACAGAAGCCAAAUUACAGUGAACUGGAAUGUCAGAAUGACACUUCACUGGAGAGGUAUCCUCUCGCCGAGCUCCCAUCAGGGGACAACACCUCCACUGCCACCUGCCUCACAACAGGUCUAGUGUGGGACCUGAGUGUCCUGCCCACCCUCUACCUGCCCACCUCCCAAACAGAGCCCCCUGCCACCCCGGGACCCCUGGACCUCAGCUCCCCAUCCAGCCUCAGCAGCAGCGCUAGCAGUUGUGGAGAGGAGGAUGAAGGACGCACCUCAGACCCCCCCAGCCCAGAGCCCGUCCACACUUAUGCCCCUCGCCAGCGGAUGAAAUGCACCGGUGUUAUGCCUCAUAUCAGCCCCCCUGAGGAGGAGGAGGAGAGGGAGGCCCCCGUCACAGCAGCGAGGCCAGCCUUCCUCUGCAAACACUGCCCAAAAGAGUACACCAGCCUCGGGGCUCUGAAGAUGCACAUCCGCUCACACACCCUGCCCUGUGUGUGCACCACCUGUGGAAAGGCUUUCUCCAGGCCGUGGCUGCUGCGCGGCCACAUCCGCACGCACACAGGUGAGCGCCCGUUCUCCUGCCCCCACUGCAACCGGGCCUUUGCUGACCGCUCCAACCUGCGGGCUCACCUGCAGACCCACGCCGAGGUGAAGAAGUACCAGUGCAGCAUCUGCUCUCGCACCUUCAGCCGCAUGUCUUUGCUGCAGAAACAUAGCUCCUCGGGGUGCUGCUCCACCGCGGUGUGAGACACCACAGAGACGGACAGAGGGGACCCACUCCGAGCUCAGGGCAGCAGAGGGCUAGUGGUCUACACGAGCCCAGCUAGCCUGUUGACUACCUGUAAGGCCACAAAGAAUAUGAAACGGCCUAUUUUUAAGAGACUUGAAAGGAAUCGAGCCUCAUUAUUGGAUCCGACUUUACAAGCCAUUUAGCUUCUCUGCUCUGUGAAAAAAAAAACAAAAAAACAUCUGAGGAGCAUAUUUUUUUUCUUCCAAUCUAGAUUGAGGUCUUGAGGCUGGACCAAAUCUGAACAGAGCAAUUCAGACACUGACUUGAUAUCAGCCCCUUUGUUGCUAUUGUGCCCAUUCCAAAGACCAAAUAUGUAGUGAACUCAUUGGGGUAAGAGGUGUUCUUUCCUGUCUCUGUCCUGGUGCCGGCCAGUUCAGGAUCAUGGCCUAGACACAGCUGCUGAGAGGUAGGGGUGCGUGGGUGGAAUAAAUCUCUCAGCGUGCCUCAGAACACACACACACUCUCUCUCUCACACACACACACAAAAGCAAAUGCACACACAGCUGUCCCUGGUACUGUGGUGUAGAUAGACGAGGUGCUAACAGGUGCUACAACCAUGACCUUCACUGGUUGAUAGCAGGUGACUUCCACUGCCCUUGGUUUACUAAAGAAAAAAGAGGAAGCAUGUCAUCACAAAAGAAUGGCAUCAGUUAGUCUUUUUUCACCAGUGGGGAUCAUUUUAAGCCUCUGUUUUGACUACAUCCAAACCUUCUCUUUAAUCUGAUGGUUUUCAGAGAUAGGAAAAGACCUCCAGUCUGUCAUUUUCUAAAGAAGAUUCACUUUGUGGCACCGCAAGGUGGGUGACAAUGCAAGCCAUGCACUCAAAGUUACUGCAGUGUUAAUAAUAACAACAACCAAAGCCAUAUUUUGUCGGGCAAAUGAAUUCGUGCCUUGAAAAUGCAUUACUUUUGAAACCAAAAACGCUUCUUUUACCUCAGUUAGUAUUUCUGGAUUUAAAAUAAACUUUGAUUGCAGUAUUAGCAGAAGUUCGUACCAAACAGUUGGAAAAAUGCAAGAAGGCUGGGACCAAAGAUUUUUAAGGUUUACGCUAUGGAGACAUAGUUGUCCAAUAUGUGAUCAGAACCCUGUAAAUGGACAGUUCAAAGAUGAAUUUUUAACUCUCCUACACAUUUUAUGGCAGUGUUUUAUAGUGCAAUGUGCAGAUAAUGUGUUAUUACAAUUUUGUAUCAUGCUUUUGUGUUCACAUCCAUUUCUUGUAUGUUGUAACUGAUAAAUUUUCAUUCAAUAAAGUAAUUUAUGUUUAGUAAAA